CAAGCCAAGGGCCAAGCCCGUAGAACUCACGCUAGACGCGUUUCGCGGAUUGUUGGGUGGGCAUCACCAUUGGGCAUGUAAGGCAUAUAUCCAUUUUUGCUGAAAGGUGGAGUGGUGCUGGACCUGCACGAUUGCUCCGCACUGCUUCCGUGCCAGUGUACGUGUGCCAGCUACAUGGGAGAAAUAUAAAGUUCUCCGCCGACAGGUGGAAACCAAUGGGCAGAAGGGACCGCACCAAUGCGGUUAUCACAUUACGACAUCCUUAUCAUUUCUUAGAGCCUGGCGCUGAUCCCCGUAACAUCCUGUAGCCGGCAGCUAUAUUCAAGAUGUGCAUCUCAAUUAUCGGAUUUUGCACUUUGAUUUUGGUGUCCGCAAUGCUUUUAGCGGUGGAUGCUAAGCCAGUGCCGCAGGAAGAGGCUGGACUGCCUCGGACCCACCCGUUGGUCAAUACUCUAUUGGGCGAAUCCUACUGCUGUACCGACUACCCGUUCGAGCGCACCGCGCAGGCCGUGCUUGUAUGCUACAUCUACAACAGAAGACACCUCCAGCAGAUCCGCUCAUGGGAGUCGUGGCUAAAACGGACCUAUCUGCGCUCCGAGAAACCAGCUACCACCGCCACGAGUAGUAAUCCCACCGAAAGCACCAGCAGCACCAGCAGCACCAGCAGCAGCAGCAGUAGCAGUAGUAGUAGUGGAAGCCCAGAGCCAGACUAUCAUCGCAUGCUCGAUGUUUAUGUGAAGGCUCCGGGCGUGAAGGUGGUCGGAAUCUCCCACAAGCAAAGCAAUGCCAAUGGAUCGAGAAACGCAAGUACAGGAUCCCCACGGGUGUCUGUCAAUGGCGGAAUGGUCAAGCCAGGCAGAGGUGUGAUGGAGCUGAGUGGUUUGAGACUGCUGCAGCGCUAUCACCGCACAAUGUUCCGGCUCUCGUCCAGGGAAAAUGUGCCACUGGCAGCAGCCCUCUUCCUCCCAUUGGAGAACCUUACUACGGGACAGUCGGCCGAUAGCGAGGCCGGGGCUGGCCACAUGCAGCACCGCAUCAACAUGUGGGUGACGGUGAAGUGGCACAUGACGAACGAAGACGGCAGUGUUGUGAACGAGCAGCCCACACGCUACGCCUGGCAAUGCUCCAUCGACAUGCCCACGGUGCAGCACAUCACGGAGGAGCACUGGUUGGCCUUGGAUAUGCAGGCCUUCUUCAGGAUGACCUUCAAACAGGAAGCGGAGUUCAGCCAUCCUCCCUUCUUCCUCACCGAGCAACUCAGGUCUUCUGAUUUCCACACUGAUAAGCUACACAUCACCCUCCAGAGUGGACAGGUGCACUUGAACACGUCGGCAAACGACAUUACCAUCCUAGACGUUGAGGCGGAGUCCAAUGAUCCGACUCGCAGGUGUGCUGAAGUCCUUACCCUGCCCUGCUCGCUGGGACAGCGCGGUCAGUUACAGUGGGAGCCCUUCCUGGCCUUCGCAAACGACGAAACGCCAGAGAAACCUCCCGUGCAUUACACCUUGGAUCCGCAGCAGCCGGCGCUCAUCGAGGUGACGGAGACGCUUUCGUCAACUCAACCAACCGCCCUUCCACCGUUUGAGCGCCUGCAGCUCCACGUGUAAGGAUAGGAACACUGGAUAGAAUGGUAUAAGUGAGAUUGAACUGAGCUGCAGUCCUCAAUGUCAGGGAUUACCGGCUGGUCUGGGACUUGAGCCAUACAUGUACAUUCUACCUGACAUACUGGCUGAUCUGACAGAAUCAGCACCCUAUCCCCUCUCUGACUUCUACUGCAAUCCACUAUUGUAUUAACUUUGUAGCCUAUUAUAUUUCACGAAUUAUUGGUGAAUUUGUCGCUCUGAGCCUGUCCAAGA